AUGGAAAGCACUGCUAUCUCCUCAACCACGACCAUUGCUGUAUCGCACUUCCGCAACCCUCAGUUGAGCGCGGAAGGGCUUGCACCAGUGGAAACCGGCCACCCUACUAGUCAUGUCUCGAAGCGAAGUCUUUCGAGCCCUUAUGGGCCUGAACACAACGGCGAUGUUGGGGCAUGGCUCCUUGAUCAGAUCGAGGAUAGCCUUAACCCUUACGGCUCUCUUGAACAGGGCCGAGGAACGACUGGGCUGUCGUUCCCACUGGAAGAUACAGCGGACGAUUGGCACCUGGUCAACCUAUGGGGUUGCACAUCCGUCGUGGUCAUCUCCCGCAAACGCAUGUUUCUUACCCACAUCUGGGAAAAACCUUCCAUGGAACAGCCACAGCUUUUCCAAAGUGAGGUAUUGGAUGUUCUCCGAAAUGGCAGUCCGGAGUUUUCCCACCCUCUUACAGUUUUCACUGUGCCCGGCGAAGGCUUCGAAAACAUUGCAGAGAACAAAGUACGUGCGUUCAUCAUUACGCCGUAUAGAGACUUUGCUAUCAACCCGGCCAGUGACGACAUUAACUAUCCAUACGAAGUAGACAAGAUCAAAAAUCUGUUAAACAACAUCCUUGGACGGAAUGACGCAGUAAUCAUACCCUACUCUCCGGCUGAGGAAAAUAAUCGGGAUGAUCUGACCCCGAAAGGCAAGCUUUACAUUCAAUAUGACCCCGUGACAGCCGCUCGCGUACCAGCAGAAGGCGGUUGCAAUCAGCAGCAAGUUGCGGCGAUAGAGCUUUGGUUUGAGGAUGCUCCCACCUACCGUUAUAGAGACACAUGGCAGCCAUUCCCAGAUCAGGUUGUGCAGGCAAAGAAACGGUCCGUCGCAUCCAGUGGUAAAGACCUGCGCUUGCUCAGAGGAAGAGAGGUGACGGAUGCGGACGAAGCAGAGUGGAAAGACUUCGACCGUACCUACUCCUUCCACCUUCCAGACAACGAUCAGGCCGUCAUUGAGCGACUCAACCAGCGAAAAUCCAAGCCCACCGCCCUCGUCGAUAGCCAGAUCAUCACCAACUUCAAAGUCUUCUUUGACGUCGGAGACUCCGUUUCUUACGUGGAAACCGGCCCAGCCCAGCACGACGAAAACACCUUCAGCAGUGCCCAAGCCAUCCUCUGCAUCGCAAUCUCCGCCGCCACCUCAAACCGAGCCUCCGACGAAGGCAUUAUCGGUGAUCUUCCGGAACACAAAAGGCAAUGA